GUGGCCGACGGAGAGAGCCCGGGAGGGUCGGCCUGCAAGGGGCCUGGGCCACCCCGGGCCUGAGGGCGGGUUAGAAGGCCGUGGCCAGGCCGGCCGGCAAGUGGCCUCGGGCCUGAAGAUACCGCUGGUUUGGGCUUUUGGGCUGCGGAGCCUUCGAGAGGAGGGGUAUGAGCACGCGCAAGAGUGCCUUUGCGUGCGGGCGUGCGCCUUGCAGGGGCUCUGCGCGUGCCACGGCCACACCCCUGGGGGCGUCCUUUGUGUUUCAUGGCGGAACCAUGCCCCUUUUUCCCACGAACGAUCCUCUCCUGUGUCUCUCGCAGGAGAAGCUCCAUUGCCCUGUACCUGACCCCAGAAAGAUUUUUGCAGAACAGGUGUCAGAUGUGAAGUUGCUGGGCAGGGAGUGGGGAUGGGGUAGAAGCCGGGACAAAGAUUUUGCUGGAGGGUAACUGGGAGCUGGAGCAGCUGCAAGCCAGAAUGCGUUUGUCUGCUCUGAUGGUGGAAUGCCCACCCCACUCCACCCCCGGCACUCCAGGCUCUUCACACCAAAUGGAACGUUUUGUUUUUCUUCCAUUUUUUCUGUUCAGAAGCUUGUGUACUUCUUUCAAUAGCUCUGCCUCUCAGUAUGACUAUGGGCAAGACUUCUGAUCCAUGUGGACAUCAGUUUUCACAUGUGUAAAACGAAGGGAGGGGUGAACAAGAUGAUCGCCAAGUCCCCUGCCAGUGACACAUUCUCGGAAUCUGGAUGUGUCACAUCAGGGCAUGACAAGAGGGUGGCUGUCGCUCUCAGCCAGGGCACUGUACUUUCCAAUCUGAGAUUGUAUUCACUUCUCUGGCAACCACUGCUGACUCAUGUACCCCAAACUAAUUGUUUAUUGCUGUUAAAAGUUGAUAGAUACACCUAUUGAUAUACCUAUUGCAGUUUUUUUUUUUUUUUUUAAAUAUAAGUACAGGAGCGUGCACCCAUCCCUAGUACAUUCAUCUGUGAGCUCUGACCCAUUUUUCCAGCUUUCAGUGAGAUUCUUUUGGAUGUUGAAUUUGCCACUUCAGGUAUUAACUUCCCCUCGAAACUUAAUGUCAUUUGAGUUUGAACACUAGGUUGUCAGUGUCCUCUUCUAAGACAUUCCUAAAAGUGCUGAUCAAAUAAAAAACUACAUCACACCUUCCAAACUACCAUUUGUCCCAGUAUUUGAGGGGUUAGUUGCUUAAGUAGGUAUAAACUCACCCAGUUGUCCUGACUCUGGUCAGCUUUCAUAGGGUUAUUUUGAAGAUCUUCGCAGCUGGAGCUGGACCUUGAAAGGCAGCCUUUAGCUGUUGUGAAAAAAGGAAAGAUAAAUGACAUUCUCUUUAGCCACAUUUGCUAAGUGUUGGCCUGUGCCAGGUUCUGGGAUAGGCAUGAAGGUGGAAGGAUGGUCCAGAGCUUGACUCAAUGGAGUUCAUAGUCUAGUGACAGGCAGACAGAAAAACAACCAAUUACACUCCUAAUACAGAGGAAUUCUGAAGAGCUAUGGGACACUGAGAAGCCUUAACUAAUGGCGCUGUGGGGGUAGGAAGCUUUUGAGAGCUAGGGUCUUGAGGGGUAAGUAGGACUUCCUCAGGGGAAGAUGAGCAAGAACUAUGUUUCAGUCCAACAGCAGAACAACAAACAUCAAACCACAGAGGUGGGUUUGGGAAUGGUUAUUGGAUUUACUGAAGCCGACUCCUCCAUCACACUGGGUUAUGAGACAAGGGCUGCAUGAGCUUGGCUGUGUCUCUGCAGGCUUUUCUGAGCAGGACUGAGUGCCCCCUUGUGUUCUGUAGGGGAGGCACGCGGUCCAAGGUCCUUUUACUCUCUGAGGAUGGGCAAAUCCUGGCAGAAGCAGAUGGACUCAGCACAAACCACUGGCUGAUCGGGACAGACAAGUGUGUGGAGAGGAUCAACGAGAUGGUGAACAGGGCCAAGCAGAAAGCAGGGGUGGAUCCUCUGGUACCUCUACGCAGCUUGGGCCUAUCCCUGAGCGGUGGGGAGCAGGAGGACGCAGUGAGGAUCCUGAUGGAGGAGCUGAGGGACCGAUUUCCCUACCUGAGUGAAAGCUACUUAAUCACCACCGACGCCGCCGGCUCCAUCGCCACAGCUACGCCGGACGGUGGGAUUGUGCUCAUCUCUGGGACAGGCUCCAACUGCAGGCUCAUCAACCCCGAUGGCUCUGAGAGCGGCUGUGGUGGCUGGGGCCACAUGAUGGGGGAUGAGGGCUCAGCCUACUGGAUUGCACACCAAGCAGUGAAGAUAGUGUUUGACUCCAUUGACAACCUAGAGGCAGCACCACAUGACAUUGGCUACGUCAAACAGGCCAUGUUCAGCUAUUUCCAGGUGCCAGAUCGGCUAGGAAUCCUCACCCACCUGUAUAGGGACUUUGAUAAAUGCAGGUUUGCUGGGUUUUGCCGGAAAAUUGCAGAAGGUGCUCAGCAGGGAGACCCCCUCUCCCGGUACAUCUUCAGGAAAGCUGGGGAGAUGCUGGGCAGACACGUUGUAGCCGUGUUGCCUGAGAUUGACCCGGUCUUGUUCCAAGGGGAGAUUGGCCUCCCCAUCCUGUGUGUGGGCUCUGUGUGGAAGAGCUGGGAGCUGCUGAAGGAAGGUUUCGUUUUGGCGCUGACACAUGGCAGAGAGAUGCAGGCUCAGAACUCUUUCUCCAGCUUCACCUUGAUGAAGCUGAGGCACUCCUCGGCCCUGGGUGGGGCCAGCCUUGGGGCUAAGCACAUCGGGCACCUCCUCCCCAUGGACUACAACGUCAAUGCCGUUGCCUUCUACACCUACACCUUUUCCUAGGGGUCUGGUCCUGGCUCCACCUCUUCCAAGCCCAGUGGACAUUGGGUGCUGGAAGGGAGGAAGCUUUUUCUUCCUUUUUCCUUUUUUUUUUUUUUAAAAAAAACACAUAGAAAAUAAACGCACUUUAC